CUUGAUUCAAUUUCCGACCGGAAAAUCUCUCCAGUCACUCGCUGGUCAUGUUUUCCCUUCCUUCUUGUUAUUCGAUCAUGAAUGGAAUACAUAGUACGUGUAUCAUAUUUCUAAAUGGAUUGUUAACACUGUGUAUAUUCAGAUGUGAUUCAGAUACUAUCAACAUUUACUUGUCAAAGCAGAAUGUAACAGGUUCACAAGAUAACAUUACUGGGAUUUGUAAUGCAACUGGGUUAUCAAGAAAUGAAAUCGUUUUGAAUGAUACAUGUAACAGAUCACCUGUGUUGGCAUGGAUAGGUGCACAUGCUAGCUAUUCCCCUUGGAUAGAAUAUAAAGGAUGUGGAAUAUACAAUUCGAAUACCGUUCUGAUACAACUAAAUUUUACUCAAAAAAAUUUCAGUGCGGAACCAGACAUUUUUAAAUGUUUCGAACAUUGCCGAAUGCGUUACAUUAAGCAUAAUUAUAUUGGGUUUCAGCGAUACAAAUGUUUAUGUUAUUUUACCGCUGAUAUAGAAAUAGUGCAAUGUGAAAACAUUACCAUCACAGAAUGCGGGAAUAAUCAGAACUUCAUCUGCGGAGAUAGGGAUAAUGUAACUGUGAUAUAUGAGAUAAAAAAUCCGACUAUGAUUUUGAAAAAUGACACCGGUGAAUGUGGAAUAGUCAAUAUAAGUGAUAACCAGACAACAUUUAGUAGUAUAGAAUGUUCGAAAAAGGCAGCAAUAUUAUGCUUCGACAAUGGAACUUUAACAGGAUAUCCUAACAAGACAGAAAAUUGGGGAAAAGCAGUGAGAUUUUGUCAAACACAAAACGGGUUGAUCAGUUCUGUAGAGAACGUAAUUAAUGGAAGUUUACAUAACGUAACAGAUGGCACAUACUGGGUGUCUGUAGUUCGUGGUAUAUCCUAUACAUCUCUACAAGAUAAUAACGUUGAAUGUAAAACAGUCAACAUUAAAGAUAACAAGACAACUUUUGGAAGUAUGGCAUGUUUAAAGAAGGCAGCAGUAUUGUGUUCCAACAAUGGUACUUUAACAGGAUAUCCUAACAAGACAGAAAAUUGGGGAAAAGCAGUGAGAUUUUGUCAAACACAAAACGGGUUGAUCAGUUCUGUAGAGAACGUAAUUAAUGGAAGUUUACUUAACGUAACAGAUGGCACAUACUGGGUGUCUGUAGUUCGUGGUAUAUCCUAUACAUCUCUACAAGAUUAUAACGUUGAAUGUAAAACAGUCAACAUUAAAGAUAACAAGACAACUUUUGGAAGUAUGGCAUGUUUAAAGAAGGCAGCAGUAUUGUGUUCCAAAAACGGAAUAUUUACAGCCUAUCCUACCCAGAGAGAAAAUUGGACUCAAUCUGUAAAAUUUUGUCUAGCACAAGACGGGUUGGUGAGUUCUGUAGAGAUUGUAAUGAAUGAAAGCUUACUUAACGUAACAGAUGGCACAUACUGGGUGUCUGCGUUUCGUGGUAUAUCUGUACAAGAUUCUGACAAUGACUUCUGUGUUGCGUCUUUUAUUGAAAAUGGCAAGAACAUGACACCUAUAGUAAAAUCAUGUGAAGUUAGACUUCCCGUUUCAUGUCAAAGUGGUAGCUCUGAUCUUUGGAACGGGACAUCACGUGAGUGUAUAAUGUCAGGAAAUGAUAAAACUUCAACAAACAGCUACGCCACAACAAAUAUGGCAAACAUUUCAGUCCAAUCCCAAAUGUUGAAUGAAAGAAUUCUGAUAAUUAUAAUUGUCAGUGGAAGUAUUGGUUUCGUUGUUUUAGUUAUAGUUGUUAUCAUUCUGAUUUGUAAGCGGAGAAAACGGACAUCGAAAACUGAAAAUGUAAAAUCAAACUUUCAUGAAAAGACAGUAAAACAUGAGUUGUAUGCUGAGGUAUUACCUGAAGUGGAGUAUAAAAACGACUCAGAAACCAUCAAUAUUUAUGACCACACAGAUACAUCCCAGAUUCCUUCUAAAUUCGAUACAAAUCUUCCCAGUGAAUAUGACUCUAUGGCGGGUAUCAAACAGGAAGCGGAAGGUCUUUAUGAUGAGAGCGCCACCUGUCCGUCUGGUAAUACUCAAACGAAGGAGAUGGAUGGAUUGUAUGAUCAUUGUUAAGUUGGAGUCACAUGAUUAUUCUUACUUUUGAUAUUAUGUAAAAAAAAACUUGCUUUUUUUAUUUUUUAUAUUUGUUAAUUGUUUUGAAAUGUUUUUACUUUUUAUAAUUAAGUUCUGUUGACCUUUUUAAUUAUUAAAUGGUUUUUGUUUUUCAAUUAA